UUUGUCAAAACCCAGAGGAGGAAAAAGUCAAUUUCAUUAUCGUCAUCUCUUCUCUCUUUCUUAUUUUCUCUUCUCCAAAACUGUAUCUACAUUCACAAAUCACAAAUAAAAUUCCCGAAAAGUGGAAAAUAUAACUCAUCGUGGCUUUUCGACUCGAAUUCCUCAAAUUUAAUUACCCCUUCAAAACCCCUUAAUACCAACUUUAUCCCCAAUUGUCUUUUUCUUGUAUUUCAUUUCUCCAUUUCCACCAAACACACUCUCAUUUUUUUUUACUGUCUUUUCUUGAUCCUUAGGAUUUCUACUAAAUUACCGAUAUGUCCAACUCAGGCGGCUUUGCUGUGACUCGAACUCACGCGGGGGAUCGAUUCUACAACCCGCCGGCAAUGAGACGGCACCAGCAGUUGCUCUUGCAGCAGCAGCAGAGGCCGUCGUUACAGAAGGAGACUCGAGUUGACUGGGUCGAGGCAGAGAUUCGGACUGACUCGGACGAGUCCACAUUGUGCAGGCUUAACUCGCUCUGCUCACCGUCGCCGGCUUCUCCACCAAGAAAUGCCGACAUGACUAAUUUGGAUCGGCUCAUGGAAUCCGUCACUCCUUAUGUUCCGGUUCAGUACUUGUCCGAGGGGAGAAUAAGGGGAUCGAUAAAUCAUGAAGCUGAUAUUCAUCCAGUCUUCAGUCUUGGGGAUCUUUGGGAAUCAUUCAAUGAAUGGAGUGUGUAUGGAGUAGAAGUACCGCUAUUGUUGAAUGGAAGUGAUUCUGUUAAACAGUAUUAUGUCCCAUCUUUAUCAGGCAUUCAAUUGUAUACAGACCCAUGGUUGAGAAGGCCUGGUGAAGAUAGUGAUGUUGAGUCUUCUAGGGAGACGAUUGGUGCUGGAAGUAGUGACUGUGAAGCAGAAAGGCAUGCCAAAAGGGUUGUUGAUGGAACCUGGGGUCAGCAUAAUCUUGUGAGCUUGAAUUUCCAGAGAUUGAACAGACUUACAUUGAGAGAUAAACCUCCUAUGAAUUUGUUUAGUAAUGAAACCGAGGUUUGCAGCUCACCUGGGUUGCUUGUUUUUGAAUAUUUGGAGCAAGAACAACCACAUCAUCGACAACCUUUAUAUGAUAAGGUUUCAAGUCUUGCAUCUCAGAAUCCAGAGAUCAGGAUGUACAGGAGCUGUGAUCUAUUGCCUGCAAGUUGGAUUUCUGUGGCAUGGUAUCCAAUUUACAGAAUACCUGUGGGCUCAACCUUACAAAAUUUGGAUGCAUCUUUUUUGACCUUUCAUUUUUUAUCAAUACAAGCUGGAAGGAAAAAUCUGCAACAGUUUAAUGCUUGUGGUGGCGGGAAGGUCUACGGUGUAAAUGCUUCUCCAAAAAUUCCCCUACCUGUUUUUGGUCUUGCUUCCUAUAAAUUGAGAGGUUCAAUUCUGACUCCUAAUGGAGCUAAUGAACGGAAGCAAGCAAACUCUCUGUUGCAAGCUGCUGACGACUGGCUUGGGAAUUUGCAUGUUAAUCUUCCCGAUUUCAAGUUCUUUGCUUCACACAAUUCACAGUGGAGAUGAUAGGGGCAUAAACUUCCAAUGGAAAUGCUAUUCCAUAAAGCUGUGAAGUUGAAGGUGCAAGUUUUAUGGAAUGAUAUACGGUCACAGAUGAGAUGCCAUUUACUUAGAAACCCUCCUAACAAACAGCCUUCUCAUCCUUAAAGUUGUGUAUGUGUUUUCUCGUAAAAGCAGCGGUGUCCACAAGUAAAAGACGCAUCCAUUUUUUGUCAGGUGCAGUAUGGAAAAGUUCUGUAGAACUUUAAGUGCGUGAGGGAUAGUUGGCACGAGGUCAGCUGUUUUCUCAAUUUCAGGCAGGGAUAGAGGACCUGUGAUCACCGUAUGAAAGGACAGAUUAUCUCGCACGCAUCAGAAUUGAAUUUUAUGUUGCAAAUAUAUUGGUGAAUAACUGGCCUUUUCAUGUUGUCUGUGUCAAUGUGAUUAUUUCGUGUCCUUUUUGCGAUGACAACAAAAAAUUGAAACAUAUGUAAUUGUAUUUGCACAUAUAAACCUGUAUCUGCAGCUACAAUUUUUUGAGUUGGCAGUACAUACAAUCCCACUCCGAUAAUGGUGGGUUUCUAA